UUGAUUAAUGCGGAGUAGGUUGCAGUCGGAGCUGUUGUCAGAACCGUCGAAGAUGCAGCCGGAGAAAUAUCUGUACGGAUAACAUCUCAUUUGCAAUUAACGUCACUGUUCGAUGCGCUAAACGCUAAAAUCCCAUACAGCUUAUAUAUUGUAUUGUAUAUAGAUGGUGUGGCCAUUUGAAAUUGGAACCCGGUAAAGUUAGUUAUAAUGAUCGUUAGAUGCCUUAGCCGCCUGAAAUCCAUACAGCUAUGUUCUCCAUGGGCUUUCUCAAAGCUCAACCUCUCUUCUUUGUCUACCAGUUCAGGGAUAAGCUCAAAAGGCACUGCUUUUAGAAAGGAACAAAGAGUUAUGUCCCUUUUCAAGCAGUGUUCCACCAUGAAAGAUUUGAAGCAAGUCCAUGCCCAUAUAAUACUAACGGGCUUUAAUCACAACCUCUAUGUUGUUGGCAAGAUAAUCGUGUUUUGUGCGGUUUCGGAGGGCGGAGAUAUGGAUUAUGCGGCUUCGGUUUUCGAUGAAAUUGAAAACCCAGAUGGGUUUCUUUGGAAUACCAUGAUUAGGGGGUUUGGGAAGACUAGUCAGCCAGAGAAGGCUUUUGAGUUCUAUAAGAGAAUGCAAGAGAGAGGAGAGGUGGCAGACAAUUUCACAUUCUCUUUCUUGCUCAAGUUUUGUGGGCAAUUGCGGUCUGUUAUGUUGGGGAAACUGAUACAUUGCGAUACUGUGAAACAUGGCCUGGAAUCUCAUGUCUUUGUGAGGAACACGCUGAUUCAUAUGUAUGGCAUGUUUAAGGAUAUCAAAACUGCACUCCGACUGUUUGAAGAAAUACCCAGUCCAGACUUAGUGACUUGGAAUACUUUCAUUGAUUGUCAUGUCUAUUGUGGGAAGUGCAAGGAAGCACUUGACCUGUUCUUGCGGAUGCUGCAGAGCGGCGUACAGCCUGAUGAGGCUACAUUGGUUGUGACCGUCUCAGCUUGUUCUGAUUUGGGUGCGUUAGAUUUUGGGAGGUGGGUUCAUUCCUGCAUUAAUCAUACUAGCCUAGGCAACAUUGUUUCGAUGUCUAAUUCGCUAAUUGACAUGUAUGCAAAGUGUGGAGCAGUUGAAGAAGCAUAUGAGAUAUUCAAUGAGAUGAAACGGAAGAACAUAGUAUCAUGGAACACAAUGAUUCUAGGUCUUGCAGCACAUGGCCAUACAAACGAGGCAUUGGCAACUUUCACAAAAAUGUUGGAAGAAAAGUUUGAGACACCAAAUGAUGUUACUUUCUUGGGAGUUUUGUCUGCUUGUAGCCAUGGAGGGAUGGUAGAUGAUGGAAGAAGAUAUUUUGAUGUUAUGAGCAAAGACUACCAUAUUCAACCAACAAUAAAGCAUUACGGGUGCAUGGUGGAUAUAUUGGGACGAGCCGGGCUUGUGGAGGAGGCUUACCAGUUGAUAAGAAGCAUGCCAAUGGAAUGCAAUGCCAUUGUGUACAGGACAUUGUUGGCUGCAUGUCGGAUGCAUGGAUAUGUUGAGCUUGGGGAGAAGGUGAGAAGCCAUCUAUUGGAGUUAGAACCAGAUCAUAGCAGUGAUUAUGUUCUCCUCGCAAACAUGUAUGCUAGUGUAGGUAAAUGGAACGAAAUGACAAGAGUGAGAAAAACAAUGCAGGACAGGGGAGUACAGAAACCAGAGCCUGGAAAUAGCUUCAUUGGCAUUCAUUCCCCUAUGAGAUUAAAGAUGGAGAUGGCCGAUGGUUACAAACAUAAGAUUACUGCAUGUACCGCUCGACAAACAUUAGAUUCUUUGUAGUUAGGCAUACAUUCAAGGGGAAAUUGGGUCAUGAGCUCUAUUAAGAAGUGUGCGGAAAGUUAUUUAUAAAAAGCUGAAUAUUUGUUACAAUAGUUCAAUUACAUUACGGUACAAACCAAUUCUAUGGUCCUUUACAAAGGACUAGGCAAAGUAGCUGUCAGCCCAAAAGAAAUGCUAUACAAUCCCACUUUUAUACUCUCAAAUGCAUACUCUUUGAUAUAGCACUAAAAAUCAUCAUUAGAUUUUGAAUUGAUUAUUAUUGAAUUUUGAAUCCAAUGGUAAUUUUAAAUGCCACGUUAGGGGGUUUGCAUUUGAGAGUGUGAGAGUGGGAAUGUGUAUAGCAUUUCUCAUCGCCCAAACAUGAAAUGUUCAGGCUUAGGAAUUUUUCUUUUGUUUCUUGCUCUGCCAUUCUUUUCUAUCUGCAUCUAUCUUUGCUUUCACACUCG